GCGACCCAGGCGACCGCGGAUCCAAGCGGAGCGGCCCGGCCCGGCCCGACCCCACAGCGGCUGGGCGUUGUGCGGCGGGGCCGUGCGCGGAGCUGAGAAGUCGCUGGCGGGACGCGGAGGCUCGCGGUGUUCCUAGAACAGGAGAUCGAAUCACAAAUGUCUUCCAGAAGUGCGUUGUCGCAGCACAGAUCGAGGGAGCAUGGCAGAGCUACACAAUAUGAUGAAGUAUACGUGGAUUCCUCUUUUUUGGAAGAUACAGCAAGUCUGCCUCAAAGUUCACAAAAUGAUGAACUGCUACUGAGUGUGGAUGCCUUGCCAGCACCACCUCUCCCACUGCAACCACCUCUCGGCCCUGAAUUGUACCCAAGUGAUCAAGAAGAACCCUCUGAUCUCAAACCAGUCAGGCGGUUCAUUCCAGACUCCUGGAAGAACUUCUUCAAAGGGAGAAGAAAUAAUCCAGAAUUGGAUAAGCCAGCAUCAGAUAUAAAAUACACUUCUGGUGGAGUUGAGUGUUCUCCACCAGCGUCUCCAGUACAGCAAAACCACAAGUCAGCUGCUAGUUCUUAUAAAGACCCAUAUGGAGGGUCAGGUGGAAGCUAUAAUUCACGCAAAGAAGCUGAAGCCAUGCUUACCCAAGAUCUUUAUCCCUCCCUAGAACGACAUACUCAAAUGGCUCUAACUUACAGUGAGAAAGUGGAAGCUUAUAAUUUGAGAUACUCCUACAUGAAAUCAUGGGCAGGUUUACUCAGAAUUCUGUGUGUUGUAGAGCUGCUUUUAGGUGCAGCUGUCUUUGCUUGUGUCACAGCCUAUAUACACAAAGAUAAUGAAUGGUACAACAUGUUUGGAUACUCACAGCCGUAUGGUUUUACAGCAAACAGUAUAUAUGGAGGCUAUUAUUAUAGUGGCCCCAAAACCCCUUUUAUACUUGUUGUAGCAGGCUUGGCUUGGUUAGUGACCAUAGCGCUUCUAGUGCUUGGCAUGUCAAUGUACUAUCGAACUAUUCUUCUGGACUCGAAUUGGUGGCCUUUAACUGAAUUUGGAAUUAAUGUUGCAUUAUUCAUUCUGUAUAUGGCUGCUGCGAUAGUCUAUGUGAAUGAUGCUAACCGAGGUGGACUCUGCUAUUACCAAUUAUUUAAAACACCAAUGAAUGCAUCAUUUUGCCGCAUAGAAGGGGGACAGACAGCAGCAAUGAUCUUUUUGUUUGUCACAGUGAUUGUCUAUCUUAUUAGUACAGUCGUUUGCCUAAAGCUAUGGAGACAUGAAGGAGCAAGGAGGCAUAGAGAAUUAAUGGAACAAGAGAUGAAAACAAAAUCUUUUUUACCAAAAAGGAUGUAUGAAAGUGAAGACAGACCAAGAGAGGUCAAUUACAGACAAUUUAAAUCGGUGGAAAUGAAACCUGAACUACUUAAUGGCCACAUACCAUCAGGGUACAUUCCUAAGCCUAUAGUGAUGCCAGACUACUUAGCGAAAUACCCAGCAAUUCAGACAGACGAUGAACGAGAUCGCUAUAAAGCUGUGUUUAAUGAUCAGUUUGCUGAAUAUAAAGAGCUCUCUGCUGAAGUUCAGGUGGUCCUAAAAAAAUUUGAUGAUUUGGAUGUAUUGGUGAGCAAGCUGUCCCUUCACCCUGGAAACAUGCUGGAACAUGACAGAAUUUCAAAAGUUCUGCAAGAAUACAAAAAGAAGAAGAAUGAUCCUACAUUUCUGGAGAAAAGGGAACGUUGUGACUAUCUAAAGAACAAACUUUCUCACAUAAAACAAAGAAUUCAGGACUACGAUAAAGUUAUGAAUUGGAACACACAGCCAUAGUAUCACUCUAACUUUAUGUGGAAGCUGCUUAGUAUAUUGAAAGAGAAAUGAUUUUUAAAUAUUUAUCUUCAAAAUUAUCAACUUCCUAAUGUGAAACUGAUUGCUUCCUCAAUCAAUGCCGAUAUGUAGUCUCUUUAAAUCUUGUGCAUUUCGAACCAAUUUUGUACAGAAUCAUAUUUUAAAUGCAAUAUAACAAAUAAGUUAACAAGCUGUUUUAUGGCAUCUACACUAAUUGUAUGUUUUAUUAAUAGAUAAAUGCCUAAGUCUGUCCCUUUUUAUGCAGUCAUAGGUAUGGUUAUUUUUACUCAUCUGUUCUUCCUUUCUUUUGUCUCUCUCUUUCCAUGUGUGCACCCUUUCCACCAGAUCUGGUUCUUCUAGAUCUAGUCAAGAACCUGUGCAGUAGUGCUGUAACAACCUCAGAUAAUGACUUGGUGUAUUUCCUGUAUAGUUAGAGCCCUGCAAAUCUGCAGAUAUCCACUUCAUAUCUGCAGACCAUGUUUGUGGAUCAGAUGCAGAUACAAAUUUUGUAUCUGCAUAGGGCUCUACGUAUGGUACUGGAAAAAACUGCCGCUAUGGAACUAGCACUCUCUACAAACCUCCCCUUGGUGACAUAGGUAGAACUGCAUGUGUUAAAUUAAGGGAAGAGAACACCCAGAGGAACAUGACUUUCUUGUUUUGAGAAAACUGGAGAGAGUAGCUGAUGCAGGUAAUUGUAAACACUAGGAGUCGAAUGUACAUAGUAAAUUUUAAACUUAAUUCUCAGUAUAAAACCUCCCAAAAAAGUUAUGGUACAUAAACCAUAAGCAUCUGAUGUAAAUCCAAGUGAAAUGUUUUUCACUGGUGAGACACAAGCCUCCAGAGAUUUAGCGUACCUUUAUACUAAACCUUACAAUGUGGUCUGAAUUUGUAAAUCUGUUUCGUAUCACAGUUGUAAAUACUUACAAACUUAUGCAAACAAUGUCAUCUUAUAUGAAUUUUAUCUUUGUAUGAACUUUUUUUUACUAAUUAAAAUACACUAAAAUUGUU